AUGGUUUUCAGCGACAAAAUCACUUUCCAAGCGUCGACGGAGGUCCUUCCUAGCAGUUUUAACCUCGGCCCGGUUGCCAUUUUGCCAUUGAUGAGACGCCGGCCGUUUUUCUCCUCCUCGCAGACAAGGUGUUCGCCGGAGUUCCUACAAGGAAUAUCGGCGGCGGCGAUCUUAUCGUCGGCGAUCUCGUCCGAGAGCGCGCGCGGCACCGUCGUCAACCUCCAGCGCUCGCAGGAAAUGGCGGACGAUGAGUUAACUGAUAUGAUGUAUGACAUGGAGUUUGGAGAACUGAUGAAAGACUGGAUAGAAGAUUGGUCAGAUGAUGAAAAUUCAGAUCGUGGAGAUAGGUCAGAGAAUGGGAACGUAUUGGAAGAUCUUAAUAUGGAUGAACAUGAUGAUGGUCAGGAAAACAAUGAGCAUGAUGAUGGUGAGGAAACCAACUCGGAGAUCUCGAAUGAAGAUUACAUUAGUCAGGUAUGGAAGUGAAAUUUUUUGUUGGCAUGCAUGCAAAUUGAAUUAAUCCUGGAAUAUUAUAUGAUAAGUACUUAUGUAUUUGUGUUAUAUUUUUCAGCUCAUUUCCGAAUGUCAUAAUGCGUACGACUAUUACGGUGAAUCCGACG